AUGGCUCAAAACAGUAUGUACUCCUCCGGGCAGUUCAUGAAUCCGGGCCCUGCGCCUCGGCCUCCCAACGAUCGACCGCGUUUGAACCUAACGCCCAAUGCCAACCUUCCAGGAAGCAUGGCCAAUAUGGCUAUUUCGCCCAUUCGAAGUACCGCGACCUCGACGUACACCGGCUCGACUAUUUCGCUCCCGAUCGCCCGUCAACAGUCCAAUAACACCGAUGGUCUAGGCGGGGUCGCUGUUAAGAAGGAGGGCUGGGCAUCAGUCAAGGAGAGCAAGAAUUUUAUCCAACCCUGGAAGCAAAAGUACCUAAUCCUCCGCAAAGAAUCGCUCGAUUUUCACAAGACCGAAGGUGGUAAGGUUUCAUACACGCUGUACCUGAGGGAUGUAGUCAACGUCGGACGAGUCGAAGCCGCCGGCACUAUCUUCGAAAUCAAGCGCAAACCCGAUGGUUCGUCUAACAGCCCAGGAGACGAUGACGGUCAAACCAAAACCCUCCAGAUCAAGGUAAAGAGUGACGAUGAUUUGUACGAGUGGAUUGAUUUUAUCUAUGGUGCUUGCCCAGGCAUGGGUGGAGUUAGCAACCCUACUAACUUCUCUCACGCCGUGCACGUUGGUUUUGAUCCCAAGACUGGAGAAUUUGUUGGUUUGCCUCCUGAGUGGUCGAAGCUCCUUAACUCGUCAGCCAUCACCAAAGAAGAUUACGAGCGCAACCCCCAGGCUGUUUUUGAGGUUUUGGACUUUUACACCGAUCUCGCUAAGAGGGCCGAGAACCCCAACCAGUAUCCCAGCCUGACUCCUACUCCUCCUGUUCAGAGCCAAGGCAACAAGCAGCUUGGGUAUAACACUGGCGCCUCUGUGGCACCUCCUCGACCCGCGCCGCCAGCUCCUUCGCAACGCCCAGGUUACAAUCCUUCUCCCGUUCAACCUAACCCCAAUGCUCCUCGCCGACCUGCCCGACCCGAUGAGCGUCCUGUUCAACAGGACCAGCCGCAACAAUACCAGCAGCGCCAGCAGAUGCAGCAAAUGUCCCCCAAUUACGUUUCUCAGGACACUCUAAGAGAGGAGCAACGUAAGAAGCAGCUGGACGCCCAGAGACAACGGGAGCGCGAGAUCGAGGAACAGAACCGGCGUGAUCUGGAGGCUUACAAUGCUUCUCUUCCUAAAACUAAGGUUCCUCUUGCUCAGCAGGAGAUCGGUGGCGGUUACAGCUCAUCACCCUCUCAAGCCGAUCGCUUUAACCCCUCACGAGCAGCUCCUCCUGCACCAAAAGCGGCGCAGCAGCAAGGCGCUCUCCGAGCACAGAGAGCUGCUCCUUCACCCCCAACACCGUCCUCCCAGCGGCCAGCCCUGACUUCUCAGUCCAGCUCUGGUGCUUUGAGAGACCCCACCCAGGCGCAGCGAACUCCUCGCAACGAUAACGCCGCUCCUGGUUCAGCAAGCGCACCCCGUUAUGCUAACGGGAGCCAGUCAUCGCAGACUCGACAGCCCCAACAACAGACCCAGGCCUCCCGCUUGCCAGCUCCUGUUAAGCCUCUCAAUGUCGCUCCCAAACCUAGCCAACCUCAGCAGCAGGCUGAUGGUGUCAAGGCCGCAGAGGCCGCGUUGACUGCCAAGCCAUCGCCCUCAGAGCGCAAGCAGGACGUUAGGAUGUCCACUAUGUCUGAGAGCGAGGUCAUGGCCAAGCUCAAGGAGGCUGUCUCCAAGGACGACCCCAACAUUUCGUAUUCUAAGCAAAAGAAGAUUGGACAGGGUGCCUCUGGAUCAGUCUACGUUGCGAAAAUCAAAGAGACAGCCGUGGGUAUUGCCCGCGACGUCCUACGUGCCCAGGGCCCACGGGCCCAGGUUGCCAUCAAACAAAUGGAUCUCGCACAUCAACCUAGAAAGGAGCUUAUUGUGAACGAAAUCAUGGUUAUGAAGGACAGCCGGCACCGCAACAUUGUCAACUUCCUAGAUGCUUUCCUGCGUAACAACAACGCAGAGCUCUGGGUCGUUAUGGAGUUUAUGGAGGGUGGUGCUCUCACUGAUGUGAUUGACAACAACCCCUCAAUUUCUGAGGAGCAGAUUUCAACUAUUUGCCACGAGACUUGCCGCGGACUGCAACACUUGCAUGCGCAAAAUAUUAUUCACCGUGAUAUCAAGAGUGACAAUGUUCUACUGGACGCUCGCGGAAAUGUCAAAAUUACCGAUUUUGGAUUUUGCGCCAAACUCACAGAGACAAAGUCAAAGCGAGCCACCAUGGUGGGAACCCCCUAUUGGAUGGCCCCCGAGGUUGUCAAGCAGAAGGAAUACGGCCCUAAAGUCGAUAUUUGGUCUUUGGGUAUUAUGGCUAUCGAAAUGAUAGAAUCCGAGCCUCCAUACCUCAACGAAGAGCCUCUCAAGGCUCUGUACCUCAUCGCGACCAACGGAACUCCUCGGCUCAAGAAGCCCGAGAAACUCAGCAAGGAACUCAAGGCAUUCUUGUCGGUCUGUCUGUGUGUAGAUGUCAAGAGCCGCGCCUCAGCCGACGAGCUCCUGGCCCACGACUUUCUGCGCCACGGUUGCCCGCUGGCCAGCCUGGCGGACCUCCUGACUUUCAAGAAGCACGCCAAAUAA